GGACGACGGGAACGCAGCGCGGGCACCGCCGCGCAGCACAGGACCCGGAUAAGGGCAUGCGCGCGCGGUGGCACUGGCGAGCAAACAUGGCCCUGGCCCGCCGGGACAGCGACUUCCAUGGCCCGGAGGGCGUCCACGUCCCCCGCUCGCCUCAAAACCCCGGCCCGCACCCCGCCCUCCUCAGAAGCUCAAAGCCAACGGCCGAGAGAAAAAGCUUGGCUGAGAAUCGCCUGGUCACUGCAGCCAAUCACGGUGGUGGCGCUGGUGCUAGCUGGGCUCGUCGGACUGUGAGCGAGCAGUGAGCGCGUACGUGCCAUGGAGGGGGAGGAGAAGCCGGUGGUGGGCGGGGCCUACUGGGGCGUGGGCGCGAGGGCCUGCGACUCGUGCGCCACCGAGGCGGCCAGGCUCUUCUGCCGCGCCGACGCCGCGUUCCUCUGCGCCGGCUGCGACGCGCGCGCGCACGGCGCCGGGUCGCGCCACGCCCGGGUCUGGCUCUGCGAGGUCUGCGAGCACGCGCCCGCGGCCGUCACGUGCAAGGCCGACGCCGCCGUGCUCUGCGCCUCCUGCGACGCCGACAUCCACGCCGCCAACCCGCUCGCGCGCCGACACGAGCGCGUCCCCGUCGCGCCCUUCUUCGGCGCGGCCGCCCACGCGCACAAGCCCUUCGUGUCGUCGGGAGCCCAGGCCGCUGCCGAGGACGACGGGAGGAACGACGCCGAGGCGGCGUCGUGGCUGCUCCCCGAGCCCGAUCACAAGGAUGGUGCUACCGCGGAAGUCUUCUUCGCGGAUUCCGACCAUUACCUCGACCUCGACUUCGCGCGGUCAAUGGACGACAUCAAGGCCAUCAGCGUGCAGCUCAACGGCCAGCCCGAGAUCGACCUCAACGGCGGCAACAAAGGCUUCUACUCCGACCACUCCAUGAACCACAGCGUAUCCUCCUCUGAGGCGGCGGUGGUCCCGGACGCGGCGGCGGCGCCGGUGGUGAGCCGGGGGAGGGAGCGGGAGGCGCGGCUGAUGCGGUACAGGGAGAAGCGCAAGAGCCGGCGGUUCGAGAAGACCAUCCGGUACGCGUCCCGCAAGGCGUACGCGGAGACGCGGCCGCGCGUCAAGGGCCGGUUCGCCAAGCGCACGGGCACGGCGGACGCCGACGCCGACGCCCUGGAGGAGCACGAGGAGAUGUACUCCUCGGCGGCGGCCGCGGUCGCCGCGCUCAUGGCGCCCGGCCCCGACCACGACUACGGCGUGGACGGCGUGGUGCCGACCUUGGUGUAAUUUUGUUGCGUGCAUGCACGCAAAGCUUCGUGUAGCAUUUGAUCAAUCAAUUGUAUAUGCAUGAUUAUGCGGGAGCCAUCCAGACUUCCGAUCCAACCCCCUCCUUAAUUUUGCCCGAUCCCUGUAAUUUUUUACCUGUAGCAUAUCAUCAUCAUCA